GGAGGCGCGAUCUCCGGCUGCCGGCUCCAAGACAUCUACCGGCAGAAAUGUCGUCGACGCCUCGCGGUCGGUCAUCGUCCCGCCGCCGCACCCGGUGCAAGUGCCUUGGCGGCGGCGGCAGCGGGGGCAAGCCCUCCACGCCAUGCUGCUUCAACCCGCUGAGGUCCCUGUUCCGGUGCCCCGGCCGGGGCCGCGGACGCAGCCGCAGCCGCAGCAAAAGCCGGAACCGGGCGGCGCCAUCCAGGGUCUCGUCUGACGUCGGCACGGAGCAGCAAGGCCAGGAGCCGUCCUUCUUCGUCUACUCCAUGGGCAAUGCCCCGGAGAACAGCAAGAAGAAGAAGCACAGGAAGGCGCGCCUCCCGUCCAUCCGCUCGUGUUUCCGCAGCAAGAAGAAGGAGCGCAAGGCCAACGCGCGCCGCCAGCCGCUCACGCCGGCGCCGUCGAUGGUGACGCAUCCGCCCCGCUCCCCGCCGGCGCCGCAGGAGAGCACGCCCGCCGUGACGGUGACGCAGACGCAGCCACCUUCCCCUGCGUUUGCCGAGACCGGCAACGUCAAUUCGCCGGCGACGCCCGACCGGAGACCUGCGCCGACGGGCCCGCCGGGCAAGCAGCCGUCGACGGACUCGGCGUGGCCACCGUUCACGCCGCAGAGGCAGCACCAGGUCGAGGGGCUGCAGAUCGUGGAGGUGGCGAUGGGCGACCGGCUGUCCGCGCACGACGCCGCGCUCAUCGAGAUGGUGGAGAGCUCGAUCGACGACUCCGCGGAGUCGUCCAUGAAGUCGUCGCUGGAGUUCAUCAACGAGCCGUCGCCUCAGAGACCGGGGAAACCUCGGAUGGUGGCGGCCAGGGAGGUGGCGGUGGCGGUGAAGGCCACGGCCAGGGAGGCACCGCGGCUCUGGCUUAACGGCAAUGCCGAGAAGGCCGGGGCCGGAGCUCGGUUCUCCGAGCCUCUUGUGAUGGCGGAGGCCAAUGAGCUGUGGGCUCACGACAUCGCCUGCAGCCGCGCGCACGCUGACAUGCUCGCCGACACGGAUGGACAAUAA